GAGCCCCCUUCGUUGGUGAAUCCACGCGACUCUUGUGAUGUUAGUGAAUGGCAAUGCCCUCCUUCCGCGCGCCGACCAACUGGUGCGCAACGAUCAGCUCGUCCAGGAGCACAUCCGCAAGAAGCUUCAGAAGCAGGACUUUGAGCAGAGCGUAAAGGCUCAGCUCCAGACCAAGCACUCGCAUCGUCGGCAGAAGGUGUUGGUCGUGGCCAAUCGACUUCCCACCAAGCCGAAGCGUGAUGCUGAUGGCAACUGGACCUUCGAGCGCUGCUCCGGUGGCUUGGUGUCCUGUUUGGCAGGCAUUCGAGCGAAGUUUGACAUGGUUUGGCUCGGUUGGCCCGGCGCGGACUUCAACGAUGUGGAGAAGGACAUUGUGGCGAAUGAAGCCAUGAAGCAAGGUUGCUAUCCGGUCUUCCUCCGGCAGAAUCUCAUCGAUGAGUACUACAAUGGCUUUGCAAACAAUGUCUUGUGGCCGCUCUUCCAUUACAUCAUGCCUCCCUUUGACAAGGGGGUCAAUGAAUGCAGCACAGGACAAUGGGAGGCCUACCGAAAGGCCAACGAGAUCUUCACCGAGGCGAUUUUGUCCGUCUACGAGGACGACGACUAUGUUUGGAUUCACGACUACCACUUGAUGCUGGUGCCCAAGUUUCUGCGAGAAGCCAAGCCAGACUGCAACAUUGGCUGGUUCUUGCACACACCAUUUCCAUCCGCGGAGAUCUACAGGACCUUACCCUGGCGACAGGAGAUCAUUGAGAGCUUGUUGCACGCGAACCUCUUGGGCUUCCAUGUCUAUGAUUAUUUGCGGCACUUUCUGUCCUCCUGUGUCCAACUCACCUCUCUGGAGAUCUCAGCCCAUUCGGUGGACGCCACGUCCAUCGGGGGCUGCAUCGUGACCUGCGCCACGGUGCCGAUUGGGAUCUCCCCCGAUGAGUUCCUCACAGGCCUCCAGAAGCCGGAGGUGAAGCAGCAAAUCGAGCAAUUGCAUGAACAGUACGCCGGAAGGAAAGUCAUACUUGGCAUUGACCGCUUGGAUUACAUGAAGGGCAUCCCACACAAGCUCAUGUCCUUCGGCCGCUUCCUGGAAAAUCACCCGGACUGGGCAGAUAAGUGUGUCCUGGUCCAGCUGGCAGUGCCGUCACGGCGCGACGUCCCGGAAUACCAACGCUUGCAAAGGCAGGUGCAUGAGCUUGUGGGACAGAUCUCGGGCAAGCACUCGAGCAUCGCGACGGGCGUUCCGGUGAUCUACAUGGACUCCUCCAUGUCGCCGGACGAUCUCUCGGCACUCUACAACGUGGCAGAUGUGGCGCUCAUCACAUCCUUAAGGGAUGGGAUGAACCUGGUGUCUUAUGAAUACAUUGCAUGCCAGCAUGGCAAAACAGUGCCAGGAGUGCUGAUUUUGUCGGAGUUCGCGGGCGCGGCACAAUCCCUGGGUGCUGGCUCCAUCCGCGUAAACCCAUGGCACCUCCAGGAUACGGCGCAUGCCAUCUAUGAGGCUUUGAUGAUGGGCUCCGAAGAGCGUGAAGCCUUACACGACUAUGCUUUCAAGUACGUCUCGGAACACACGGCACAGAAAUGGGCCGAGACAUUUCUGCAAUGCUUGCAAGAAGCGUGUUCAGAUCUCAUGGAGGUCACCUCACAAGUUCCCCCGUUGCUGCCCUACGAAGAGUUCCUGUCGGACUGGUCUGAAUCUGUACAGCGGCUGAUUAUCAUCGACCUGUUGGAGUGUUUGGCUCCAGCCCGUGAGCGGAUGAACUUGCACUCGCGGGGCCGGCCAAAGUUCAUUCGGCUCCCACCGGGGCUUUGGCAAUGUUUGAAGACCAUUGCCUCAAGUCCGGGCACCUCUGU